AUGUCCAUAGCUCUGAAGCAGGUGUUCAACAAGGACAAGACCUUCCGGCCCAAGAGGAAAUUUGAACCUGGCACACAGAGGUUUGAGCUGCAUAAACGGGCCCAGGCAUCCCUCAACUCGGGCGUGGACCUGAAGGCGGCUGUGCAACUGCCCAGUGGGGAGGACCAGAAUGACUGGGUGGCCGUGCACGUGGUGGACUUCUUCAAUCGGAUCAACCUCAUUUACGGCACCAUCUGUGAGUUCUGCACUGAGCGGACCUGUCCUGUGAUGUCAGGGGGCCCCAAAUAUGAGUAUCGGUGGCAGGAUGACCUCAAGUAUAAGAAGCCUACUGCACUGCCGGCUCCCCAGUACAUGAACCUGCUUAUGGAUUGGAUCGAGGUUCAGAUCAACAACGAGGACAUAUUUCCAACAUGUGUGGGUGUUCCCUUCCCAAAGAACUUCCUUCAGAUCUGCAAGAAGAUCCUGUGCCGCCUUUUCCGGGUCUUUGUCCACGUGUACAUCCACCACUUCGACCGGGUCAUUGUGAUGGGUGCAGAGGCCCAUGUCAAUACCUGCUACAAACAUUUCUAUUACUUUGUCACAGAGAUGAACCUCAUAGACCGCAAGGAGCUAGAGCCCUUGAAAGAGAUGACGAGCAGGAUGUGUCACUAAUGCUCCCUCUCUUCCGGAAAAAAGGAAGGCUGUUUCCUCCAGGAGUCCCGACGGG